CAACUAGUCAGUUGCACGCUUCGCACCUGAAUGCUUGCAGAGCGUUGAGAUACAUACAAAUAGUCUACUGCUCCUGGCAUGGCAGGCACCCGGUGACUAUCGGUGUAGUUCAGUGAGAAGCGCUUCAGUAACAAGCGCUUCAGUUAGAUAGCCCGGCGCCGUGAUGAGUUUCUACGUUUCGGAAUUCCCGCAUUCCGUUCAAUGCGCCGGCUCCACGGCGAGCGACAACAAAGCCUGAUAACUGCCGCUGGCGGCUCAGCAUCGAAGCUUGAAGGCGUGAAGGCGCCUGGCAGCGCCAUGGCCUCGCCGGCGGUGCCCGACUGGUCGGGGCUGCCGCCUCUCGUACUGGUGAUGAUUGUACGGCGGCUAGACGACCCAGCUGACCUGGAGAGCAUGCGCACCGCAUGCAAGCGCUGGAGCAGGACCUGCUCACAAAGCGCCACGGUAUGGCGCUUCCGCGGCCCGGUGGCCAAGUUCUACUGGAACUACCUCCGCGGCACCCUCUACACGCUGUGCCCCGUGGCCACUCGCCUGGUGGUGUCUCUGAGCGAGCGCACCAACCAGGACGCCCUGGACGCCAUGUUCGCCGACCUGACCUGGUGGUCGAGGCUGAGGGAGAUUGAGGUGCUUUCGCUGCGGCCGCCGGGCCGACGGGAGGGCCACAGCGGCAUGGGUCUGUUUGGGCCGGGGCUGGGCGGCGAGGCGCUGGGAGGCCUCACCGCGCUGAAGCGGCUGCAGGCCCUGACGCUCGAGGGCUGCGACAGCGGCGUGGCGCUGCAGGCCGCCUACGCCUGCCCGCAGCUGACGCGGCUGGCGGUGCGCAGCCGGGCCUCGCCGCUGGCGCCCGAGAUACACACCACCACCGACCGCUUCGUGACGGGGCUGGCGGCGCUGCAGGCCGCAGUCGCCGCCGGCACGCCGCCGCCCCCGCCGCCCAAGGCGCAAGCGGAGGCGACCGUCGCCGCGCUUGUUGCGGCAGUGGCGGCGCAGAAUGGCGGAGGCGGAGGCGGCGGGGGUGCGGGAGGCGCUGCGGCUGCAGGUGCAGGCGGUGGCGCGGCAGGGGCUGGCGGAGGCGGAGGCGGAGGCGGUGCGGCAGGCCCCGGAGGCGGGGGCAAUGCUGCCGGCGCGGCAGCGGCGGGUGGUGACGGCGGCGGCUACGGGUACCCGGAGAGUGAGCAGCCCGUGCUGGACAUGGCGCAGCUGAAGCGGCUGUUUGAGGACACGGACGUGUCGGAUGACAGCCUGGACGCGGACGAGGGCGAGCAGGAGGAGGCGGAGGGGGCAGUGGCGGCGGCGCCGGUGGCGGAAGCCGACGUGGAGUGGGAGCUGGAGGGCGUUGAUGGCAGUGGAGCCGCAGCGCCGUCAGCCGCGGCAGGGGCGCGGCGGUGUAGCGGCGGCGGCGGACGAGGGACGUGUGAGCUCUGCGCGUCCGAGCGACGCAGCGGCGGCGGUGGCGGCGUAGGGGAGGACGUUGCAAUGACCGACGCCUUGGCUACUGAGGGCGGAGGAGCGGGCAUAGCUAGCGCCUCAGCGGCGGCGGAGGCAGCCACAACGGCCGCAACGGCAGCGAUGGUGGCGGCAGCAGCACCGGGCUCCGCGUCUGUGCACCCUGGGCUUAGUUGUACAGCGACGGCCGCGCGCGGCGCCGCGCGCUCUUCUCGUCGCCGCUCGUCUUGCGCCACUGGCAGCUCGCCGCCAAAGGGGGCCAAACGGCGCGCAGGCGGCAGCGGCUUCUGGGCCGAGCCGCAGGCAGUGCGCGGCAGUGGCGGCAGCAGCGGCAAUGGGUUGAGUGGCCCGGCGUUGGUCGGCAUUGGCAACUUGAGCGGCGCCGCAAGUGGGGCCGGGGGAGCAGGAGGAAAAGCAGGCGGUCAGGGCUCUGGGACCAGCGGCAAGGCUGCAGCAGGCGCUAGUGGCGGCGCUCGUCGGCGGCGGGGCGCCCGCGCAGCGGCCCUAACUGCCGCCGCUUCCAUGGGUGCGGCGCCUGCCUCUGUCGGUGCUGCGGGUGCUGACGCGGAGCUGGAUGCGGGUCCGGGGCUGCGGCAUUUGGAGCUGGACAGUGACCUGCACCUGGAGAGCGCCAGCGCCGUGAUGUCGCUGUUGGACGGACUCGGCGCCGCCAACUGCUCCCUGGGCGCGGAGCAGUUGUGCGAGCUGUUGCGGGCGCUGCCGGGCCUGGAGGUGCUAGCGCUGCGGCGGGUGCCGCUGCACGAGUCGGCGCUGCGGCUGCAGGAGGCGGCUGGCGCAGGCGGUGCAGGCCCGGCCGGCAUUGGCGGCACGGCGGUGAUGCCGGGGCCGCUGGCGGCAGCCACACGGCUGCGGGAGCUGCACAUGGCCGUCAAAGAUGUUCAUCAACUGCCGGCGAUGGGCAACGCCGGCGGCGCUGCGGGUGGGAAUGCACAGCCACAGCGGCUGCCCAGCACGCGCGCCCUCCAUGUACUGGAGCACCUCUCCCGCGUCCCCGCCUGCUGCGCCACCACCAUCGACCAGCAGCCUCCCCCCGCGCUCUCACCCUCGGCACCGCGGUGGCCCCUCCCUCCGCUCCUGUCUUCCACCGGCGCCAACGGCAGCGGCAAUGCCGCCUCACUCGCCGCCGCCGCGGCAGCAGCCUCCACGCGGCCUGCCUCCUCCUCCCCGUCUGUCGCCGCCUCCAAGCCGCGCCAUCCCUCCUCCGGCGCCAGCCUUCAGGCGCUGGUCGAUGGCUCCGGCCUGCCGCCGGCCCCGGGCCGCCCUGCCCUCCACCUCUACCUCAGCGGCGGCACUGUGGACGCACCGGCCGCGCUGCUGGAGGCCAUGCUGCCGCUGGUGCCGCGCCUCCAGACGCUGUUCAUGGGCGUGUUCGGCCUCAGCUGUGACCACCUGGUGGCGGUGGGGCAGCUCACCAGCCUGGAGGUGCUGGCGCUGGGGCUGGGGGGGCCGCAGGACGCGCAGGCGGCGGCAGACCACGGCGCCGGUCGCGCCGGCGGUCGUGGCGGCGGUGGGGGAGGAGGAGGAGGAGGCGGUGGUAGAGGUCGCGGUGGCGGUGGCGGUGGCGGUGGCGGCGGUGGUAGAGGUGAAGGCGGCGGCGGCCGCGACGGUGGAGGUGGGCACGGUAGAGGCGGCAGAGGCGGUCAUGUUGCAUUUGGCGGCUUUGGCGGCGGCGGGCGCGGCCGCGGAGCUGGAGGCGGUAACUGGCGCGGCGGCAUGGGCGUGGAUCCCAUGGCCGACGACUACCUCGAGCACAGGGACGGGGACGAUUGGAUGCAAAUGCGGGCGCGGCAUGUUUUGCGACGGAGGGCCCGCUGGGCCGGCGUUGUUUUACCGCUGAGGUUGCAGCGGUACUGGGAGGUGGCCGGCGGCAGGCCGCCGCUGUGGAUGCUGCCGCGUAUCCCGCCUGCAAUGCAAGGCGAAAUGGAGGAGGCAGUGGCCGCGGGGGAUGCGGCUGCCGCGGCAGCGGAGGAGGCGGCUCAGGGGGCUGCUGCAGCCGCAUCAUGUGCGGCACGCGACAGGGGCCCUGACGUUGGGGGCGCCGGCAUAGCCGCGCCUGCGGCAGAGGACCACACUAGGAGCGAUGCGGCGGCAGCCACAGCGACGGCGGCGGCAGCAGCGGCGGCGAUGCGGGCUCGUGCCCGGAGGCGCGCGGUGGCGGAGGUUCUGAUGCGCCAGGGGCGAUACAGCGCGGCGGCGGCGUUGGACAACUUGGAUUCCGACGAUCACGAAGAUGACGACGUUGCAAUGCUGAUGGACCCCUUGGAGCGCACCUGGAGGCGCCAAGCCGAGGCGGCGGCGGCGCGCUGGCGCCGCUACGCGCGCAACCGGUUCUCCGGCGGUGGCGGCCCCGGGGGUGGCCCCGGAGGAGAUGGCGGCGGCGGCGGCGGCGGUGGCGGUGGUGGCGGCGGCGGCGGCGGCGGCUACAAUGACGAUGACGACGAUGAGGAUAUUGACGAGGACGAGGACGAGGUCGUAGACCUAAGCAUGGAGGAAGACGAGCUGUACGGUGAAGCUGACGUCGGCCUCUCUGGCAGCAACGGCUUCGGCGGCGGCGGCUUUGGCGGCGGUGGCUUUGGUGGCGGCGCCGACGGUGCCGCCGCCGGCGGCCUGUUGCAAGGCGACAGCGCGGAGCUGCUGGGCGACCUCCAGGAGUCGCAGGCCGUAGGUCUGGAGGCGCUUCGGAACCUGUGCCAGCUGCGGGAGCUGCACAUCCGCGGGCCGCUGCGGCCAGUGGACGCGCGCGCGUAUACGCGCGCCGGACUGGCGGCGCUGGCACGACAGGCUGCUGGUGCGCCCCCGCCAGGGGCACCUUUUCCGAGGGUGCAGCCGCAGGGGCUGCGCAGCGCGCAACUGCAGCAGCGGCCGCUGCCGGCGGCAUCACCGCCAGGGGCGGCGCAGCGGCCGGCGGCUACGAUGCUGCCUUCGCUGCUGCCCGGGCCGCUGUCGGCGCCCGUGAUGACCCUGCCGGCGCCGUUCACCACAGGGCAGCCUCAGGACGGCGGUCCAGCGGGACUUGGUGCCAUGUACGGCGCGAGCCAGUCGCAGACGUCGCCGCCUGCCUCCGCCCCCAUCAGCGCGCUCGCGGGCGACGCCACUGCAAGCGCGGAGCUUGCAGGCCCUGGCUCGGGCUCAGGCUCUGGCCUGGGAUCGCGCGCUGGCGCCGCCGCCGCCGCCGCCACCACCUCGGAGCCAAGCGCCGCCACGGAAGCGCUGGCGGCGCAGCUGGCUCUGGCGGCGGCGCAGUGGGAGCUGCCCGGCAGCGGCGACACAAUGCACACAGGCGACGACGCUGAUGUCCUUGGCGGCGGCGGCGUGGGCUUGCAUGACGCGGGCGCGGUUGCAGAGUACCUGGCGCUGCAAGACGCGCUUCGGGGCACUCCGGGAAUGUGCGCCCAAAUGCCGCCGGCGCCCUUGCUGCCGUCCGUCGGCGCCGUCGCGGCGUCCACCGAGCACGUAGCCGGUAGGCCUCGCUCACGGGGACCGGAAGUCGUGGGUGCCGCGGCAGGCGGUGCUGGCAGCGCUGGCCCUUCUGCCGGCACUGCCUCCGCCGCCAAUGCCGGGCCCGCAGCCGCAGUCCCAGACGCCGCGUAUGCUGCGGCGGCUGCAGCAGCCGGCGCCGGCGACGGCCCCGAUGCCGCCGCCGCCAUAGGCCCCGGAGCGGCGGCUGGCCCUGUGGCGGCGCCGCCGCCGCCAACGCACCGGCAGUUACUUGACCGGCUUGCGCCGCUGCCUCACGCCGCGCCGGCGUCUGCGCUGCCACAGCCACAGCAGCCGCCACAGCCACAGCAGCAGCAGCCACAGCCGCCUCCACAUCAGCCGCAGCCAGGCAGCGACAGCUCUCAAGCAGACCACUUGGUUCGGGGCAACGGCACCGGUCUCGCGGCCUCCCGUGCGGCGACCACCGCCUUGAGCUUUGCCCGGCGUGCGGCCGCAAUCUUCGGGCUUAAGAUGCAGCCAGGCCAUUCACCUCAUAGUACCGCCGCCGACGGCGCAGCAAACGGCGCGGCUGCAUCGCCAGCCGGCCACGCCGCGCCUGCCAGCACUGGCAGCGACGCUGGCGGUGGCGGCGUCGACAGCGGGCUGGGGCUGGUGGACACCGCCGCCAGCAGCGGCAGUGCUGGCGCCGGCGGCAGCGGCAGUGCGGAGCAGGAGGUGGCGGCGCUGGCGGCACUAGCGGUGGACUCGGAGCCACAGGACGGCCUGGUCAGCAGCGGCUCUGGCGGAGGCGGUGGCGGUACGAAGCAGGAGCUUGCCGCUGCUCAGGGCGACGGUGAUCAGGAGAUGGAGGAGGCACCUGGCGCCACCAGUACCACCGCAACGUCUGCACCGCCGCCGCCGCCCGCGGCAGCAGGCGCAGUGGCCGCGGCCGGCGCCGGUGGCGCAGCAGGGGACCGAGUUACACGUGUCUCUCAGACGCGCAUGUGGCACGACCCGGCCGCCGCGCCCGGCCGCACGCCCGCCGGCGCCACCGCCCCUGCCGCCAUCGCCCCGCUGCCUACCGCCCCGGCCUCCACGGCCGUCGGCACCGCGGCUGCGGUGCAGCAGCUGUCCCGCAACCGGCUGCUGCGGCGGCGGGCAGUGCUGGCGCUCUCCUCCGCCGACGUCGCCGCGCUGGCGGCCUCCCACGGCGGCCGGCUGCAGGUGCUGUCACUGCACGAACUCCGCAUGCCCGCUGACGUCUUAGCGCAGCUGGCAGCUGCGCUGCCGGGCCUGCGGCGCCUCAGCCUGCGCUGGGCCAACGUCGUGGAGGCCGUGGCCCCCAGCGGCGCUGGACUUGGCGGCGGCGGUGCUGGGCCCGCAGGAGCGGGAAGGGGUGGCGCUGGAGAAGGGUCAGGAGCAGUGCAGCGGGUGGAGGUGCGGGAGCUGCCGCCGGGGCUGGAGUCCCUGGAGCUGGGCGGGCCGGUGGCGCUGGUGGUGCGCGCGCCCGACCUGGCGGCAGCCGGCUGCAGCAGACAGGCGCCGCUGACGCCGAAGUGGAUGCACCUGCGGCGCCUGGUGCUCACGGAGGGGCUGUCGGUGUCCGGCGCAGCGCUGCCGGCGCUGCUGGGCCACUCCCCCUGCCUGACGGAGCUCACCAUGCACAGGCCGCAGGGUCUGGUGCCGGCCGACCUGGCAGGGCUGGAGGGACUCACAAGGCUGCGCACCCUGGUUGCCGAGCUGGACUUGGUGGACGGUUUGGAUCAGCAGCUGGCCCUGGCGCACGGCAUCAGCCGCGUGGCGCACCUCACGCAGCUGCAGGAGCUCAGGUGGUCGGUGCCCGACAUGCCGCUGCGGUCCCGAGUCCCCGAGCCGCAGAAGUCUGCAAACGCUGAGGGCGUUGUUUGCAACGGCUGGCCCGUCAACCGGUGCGAUGCUGGUGCUGGCGGCGGCGGCGGCGGUGCGGGUGGCGAUAGGGGCAACGCUGGAGGAGACGGUGCGGCUGGGUGGGCAGUGGGCGCUGGCGCCGCCGCAGCCGCCCCUGCAGGAGGUGGAGGUGGCGGGCCCGGCGCAGGCGGUGGCGCCGCUCCGCCCAGCAUGGGCCUGGAGCUGUGCAGGCAGCUGACCUGCCUGACGUCGCUGCAGCGGCUGUGCGUGCUAUCGCUGCCGUCCUGCCACCAGCACCUGACGCGGCUGGAGGAGCUGCAGGCGCUCAAACACAUGCCGUUCCUAGAGAUCUCGCCCAAUUGAUAGAAGAUGGUGGUUGAGGCAGCCUGCGCGCGCAAACAGACAGCUCGCACAGUUGGUAGCUUAUGUUGAGAACGCAAACGUCUCAUGUGGAUGAUGCAGUUUUGCGCAGGCGUUGAAUGUCGGAGGUAGGGCUCGCAGGCCGCAGAUGAAUUUCCGUUUCACGUUUCACGUGUCAUGACCAGUGCGGGUCAUGUUGAGGUCGUUCACUCGCUCAUAAGUUGCAGGGGCUGGCGAGGGCCUUGCAAGGCCUAGCUCACAUGCGGGUGGGGGGGCGGGGGGCGUGCUCUUUCCCAAUCCAUGCACCUCUGCGGCAUGAGCAGGUGCAGUAUAAGUCAAGGUAUAAGUUGCCAGCUGUGCCACGGCUGAGAAAAUGUCAGUUGUGCCACUGGUGGGCUUAGAUGGUGAGAAAGGUUUGCGAGGGUUGGGGAAGAUCAAGGGGCUCCAUUUGGACUGAUGUUUGACGUAGCGCCGAUGGAGACGGGGCGGUUGCCUGAUAGCUAGGUAUAGCUAGGUGGCGCAGCGAUUCACUAACGAUGCAGCGCAGGGAGAUAGCAGCUGAGUGGCAUGACUAUGUUUUAUGAACUGGGCUCCGCUGCAUACAAACAAAGUACAUGGUGGCUCCAGUUGUGUGCGCACGCCACGUGGAGCUGGGUGAGGGUAAGCAAUGGCGGCGGCAGUGCCUGUUGUAAAGCCGUGUCGAG